UUUGAAAAUAUACAUUUUACCCUUGCACUUUCAAGAAAUGAUUUACAUUGAGUGUAUACAAUACGUUGUGCAAUAUAACAUGAGAAGUACAUAGAACUAUAAUUCUGGUGAUAAAUUGUGUAGGAGGAAGUUUCGGCAACAGAGACUGCUGACAUUUGACCCGAAAUUGUUAGUCCGUUGUCGGAAGAAGUUUCGAUAACGGUUCAACUGUUGAAGUUCCUUGCAGAAAAUGAAAAGAUGCCGCAAAGGGAUUCUUGGUGUAAAGAAAGACCCAAAGAACCAAAUCCUAUUUUCGUUUUCUGCAAGGGAAGGCGAAGAAUGGCCUUCAGAUGAUUCAGACUCGGAUUUCGUACCGUCAGAUGAGGAUGAUAAACCGAAAAAGAAGAGGCAAGCCAAAUCAGGUGUCAAAUCAAGGACAGAGUCACCUGCGAAGCUAAAUAAUGCUCAGGAGAAAGGAGUCAUUUGUGCCAGUCUGCCAGAGGAAAUCUGGAUUUACAUUUUUGGAUUUGUUGUAAAAGAGACUGGUCCAUUGCCUUUUCUAUGCAGAGCAGCAAAAGUGUGCCAGUUAUGGCGUAAUAUUGCAAGUCAUCCGUCAUUGUGGAGGAAAGUGGACUUGUCUUUUGGAUGGAUUCGUACCAAACGGGAUACGCUCCGUUGGUUAGUCCAGGAAAGGCUCACUCAGUGUGCAGAGAUCAACCUCACAAAUUGGGCCAUAACAAACGAUCAGCUCAAGAUGGUUCUACAGAAUUGUCACGAAUUGAAGUCUAUAAAUCUUUCACACUGUAAAAAGAUAUCUCAAGAUGGAUUCACAGCUUUGGUAGACAACUGCACAAAUCUGCAGGGAGUGGAUGUUUCAUUUACCUCCAUUAGUGUUGGCACCCUGAAGGACAUCACAUUGAAACAUGGGCUGCUCCAACUGAAAGAAUUACACUUAGGUGGGAAUUACUACCUGAACUUUCCAGCUCUGGCAAACAGCAUAUUUGAAAAUUGUCCACAGCUUGAGGUUUUAGAUGCAUCCAACUGUCGAUUUUCAGGAGACUAUGUAAGCAUGGAUGUUCAGAAGUUUCAGACGGGCUGCCCAAAGUUGAGGGUACUUCGAAUGGGGAGUUCCCAAUUCAGGUUAAAGAAAACAAGUGGAUCCCUGCCUGGGUUUGAAGAACUGAGAGAGCUGAGUUUGGGGUGCAUAGAUCUGAGUAAAAGUUGUGGAAUCAGUACAGCUUUUGUUUAUGAUAUUCUAGUGAAAUCUUCCAAGCUGAAGUUGUUGGAUCUUGGAGGUUGCUGGAACAUGGAGGACAUGACCCCUCUUCUUGGCCUCCCUUUCACAGAGCUUGAACAGCUGUAUCUGAGCAACUCCCCUAUACGUCUCAAUUACCUACUCGGACCUCUGCUUCAAAAGUGUAACCACAGCCUUCGGAUCCUCCACAUUGACAAAAACAUCUUCAAGGAAGACUCUCUAGAUUCAGCAUUACAGGAGCUCUUCCCUCAGUUCGGCAGUAGCCCCCUAGAAAUGAUCAGCGCUGCGGAAACCAACAUCAGCGAGUCCAGUGUUGAGAUUAUUCUGAGGCACUGUGGAAACCUGCAGUACAUCAAUCUGUCAUCGUGCCGUGCUCUUCCUAGAGGGAUCAAACGCGAGUACAGAAAUGCAGAGAUCAAAACACUAAAGUCAUUCUGUGGAAUCAAAUGAGCAUCACACUACUGAUCGAGGCUUCUCCAAGAGAAUGUAACAGAUUUUUAAUCAUGCAUCAAGCCAUAACUCAGCUAAUCCAUGAGUGUAGCGAGGUCCAAAAAUAUGCUGUUCCCUUCUAUUCACAAAUCGAGUUCAAUGUAUUAGGACUGCAUUUCCUGUUUAUAUGAAUCAGCUGAAUGAACUUACUCAGGACUCCAAAGUAUCCAUGUAUAAACCUCGGGGAUUUAAAUUUUGUAUGAAGACUUUUUAGCAAAAAUAUUUUGUAUUUUUGGAUAAAAAUUAUGUACAAUAUAUAUGUUAAUGUACAUUGAUUUACAAACAGUAUAUGUUGCAAAAUUUACCAUAUGAAAUGUACAUAUUUCAUUAUAUUAGUCAACAAUACAUUCUCACUGACAUUUAUUUAAUAAAUCAGUUCUUUGAA